AUGAGUAAUACUACCAUGACUGCUUCUGCUGAUCAAUAUUGGAUGCAAUUCUAUCAACAACCUCUCAUGGAUGAUCAUGCUAUAGAAAAUUUCUCUGAUUCAACUGUUAUGACGACAAAUCCUCUUCCAUUAGAAACCAUGGUUAUGAGUCCAACAAAUUCAUACUCAAACACUAGUGACCAAUUGACACCAAAGGGUGGUAAUGUAUCCAAACCUAUUAGAAGAAGAUCUAGAGCUUCUAAGAGAACACCAACAACACUUCUUAAUGCAAACACAACAAAUUUCAGACAACUUGUGCAGCAAUUCACAGGUUGUCCUAGCACUACUUCGUCGUCGUCGUUGUCGUCGCUAGGUGUUCAUAAAGGACCUAUUACCUUAAACUUUCAACAAGGUAACAAACAGAAUAUUCAACAUGAUACAUCAACAGCAACAGCAACAGCUAGGUUAAUGCCACAGUUUAGUAGCACAGGUUACAAUCAAGUUUCUAGGCCAUUUCCAUUGAAGAUGGAACAAAUUCAAGUGGCUCAGCAACAGCAGAAUGGUUAUAACUCAUUUGAUUAUGUCAAGAACAACGGUUUUAUUCCGAAUUCGGGUAACAUGGAUGUUUCUGAUGGAUUGGUUGUGGAUAAUGAUUUUAGUUUGCAAGAUCUAUCUGUGAAUGCAUUCUCUACUGAUACUUUUAUGUGA